AUGGCACAACCAGCAGCUUUGAAAGUUGUUCAACAUUGCUCAGUGGAACCAUUACAUGGAACAACCACUUCCCCCACUCCAACCAUUCUGCCAAUUACAUUCUUUGACCUCUUAUGGCUAAGGUUUCCACCUGUUGAGCGUCUUUUCUUUUAUGAAUUCCCCAAACCAACCACUUCUUUCUUUGAUUCUGUUCUUCCCACUCUCAAACACUCCCUUUCACUCACACUCCAACACUUCCUCCCUCUUGCUGGUAACAUCACAUGGCCUCUUCAAUCUUCCACACCCAUCAUCAAAUAUGUCCCAGGUGAUGCUGUCUCUUUCACUAUAGCUGAGUCCAAUGCUAGCUUCAACCAUCUCUGUUCUGAUCUCUGUGAAGCAGUGGAAAGAUAUUCCUUAAUACCCCAUUUGUCCACUUCACAUGAACAAGCAUCUGUGUUGGCUUUGCAAGUCACUGUGUUUCCAAACUUGGGGUUUUGUAUUGGAAUAACCACACACCAUGCAGCUUUGGAUGGAAAAUCUUCAACUUUGUUUAUGAAAUCAUGGGCUUAUGCAUGCUCUUCUAAGCUUGGAGAAUCACAAUCUUUAUCAUUACCUGAACAUCUAACACCUUUCUUUGACAGAUCAGUGAUAAGGGAACCUACAGGAAUCAGUGAAGUGUUUGUGGACGCAUGGUUGAAGCAUGGUGGACCAAAUAAUCGAAGUCUCAAGGUGUGGGAGUUCACUAAUCCAAUAGAAACCGAUGCAGUUAAAGGUUUGUUUGAAUUAACCCCCUCACAUAUCCAAAAGCUUAAGCAAUAUGCACACUCUAAGCUGAAAAAGAAGGUUCAAUUAUCAGCAUUUUCAGUUAUAUGUGCUUAUGUGUUGGCAUGUUUAGUAAAAGCAGAACAACCAAAGUCCAAUGGAGUACUUUUCAUAUUUGGUGUGGACUGUAGAUCCCGCUUGGACCCUCCAAUUCUUCCCAACUAUUUAGGAAAUUGCAUUGCAGGCCAAAUGGUUGUGGCUGAGACAAAGAGUUUACUAGAAAACGAUGGAUUCAUUAGUGCUUUGGAGGGGAUAAAUGAAGCUUUGGAUAGAGUGAAGGAUGGAGUGCUCAGUGAGGUAGAAAAUUGGAUGUCAUAUAUGCACAAUUCAACGGAGGACAGAAUUUUCUCUAUUGCUGGAUCGCCACGGUUUGAGGUUUAUAGUAUUGAUUUUGGAUGGGGAAGACCUAAGAAGGUGGAUAUGACUUCAAUAGACAGAACAGCAGCAUUUUCUCUUUCGGAAAGUAGGAAUAACAAUGGAGGAAUUGAGAUUGGACUGGUUUUAAAAAAGCAUGAGAUGGAAGCUUUUUCUGCCCUUUUAGUUCAAGGACUUGAAUCCUUUUAA